AGAUUUGUCAUCGUGAUGGGCUGCAAUACCAGUAAGGAGGCUGUUGAAGCAGGAGCUGCAGCCGUUGCAGCUGGAGAAGAAAAGCUGCAAGGGGAGCUGACAAACCUGCAGGAUCAAGUGGAGGAGAUAAUAGAUAUCGACCCCAACGAUCCGGAAGCUCAGAAGGCGGCGGCAAAAAUCCAAGCGGUUUUCCGCGGCCAUAAGACGCGAAAGGAAAUGAAGAGUGGUGACGCUCAAGAGGAAACCCAAAAUUUUGAGGAGGAAUUCCGACCUGACGACAAAGAGUUGUGUCACGCAGCUACAAAAAUCCAAGCAUCUUUCCGAGGUCACCAAGCACGCAGACAAAUGAACAAGCCAGAGGACGAAGAACUCUCCAAGGAGAUGGAGAAACUAGACCCUAAAGUGCAACAAGAAGCCGAAGAGCUGGACAUUGAUUUGACCGACCCAGAACUGCAUAAAGCAGCCACAAAAAUUCAAGCGUCGUUCCGCGGUCACAAGGUUCGUAAACCGGAGGACGAGAAAGAAGAGGAGAAGCCGAGCAGUCAGUGAACGGCGGUUGACGGAGGUUCGGCGGUCAACGGCGGUUGACGGCGGUUCAGCAGUCAACGGCGGUUGACGGUGGUUCGGCGGUUCGCGUCUAGAUGCCUUCAGUCACGGGCUUCUCUGCUGUGUCCCUCCCCCCUCUGCUCUGCCAGACAUCCACCAUCAUGCACGCUUCUUCAAUCUAAUUCUACUUCUACUACUUAUCUCUUUCCACAACUCAUCUAGACUCAACUAAAAUAAUGAACAAUCAUAAUAUAGAGCUAUCAUAAAAAACAAUCAUGUCAAUCAGUAUCUUCUAAUCAUUCCAAAACAUCAUUUAGAAUCGUGUAAACUUUACCUAAAACUAAUAUCCCAAGAGAUUUCCAACAGCUAUCAGCUCACUGGUACCAAAAAUCAGAUAUGAUGAAUAAUCUAUCAUCAUUUAUAAUAAUUAUUUAUUGUACAAUUAGUAUAAAUGAUGAUCAAAAUGUGAGAUGGGUAUUGAAAGAUACAGUACUACAUAAUAUGAUGUCGCAUUUUAUCGUUAUGACACACAAAUUCCAUAAAUUGGUAGGGAAGAAUCAGAUAUUAAAGAAACAUCACACAUUUCCAAUUUUACAAUAGUGGUUUUCCACUUACUGGUUAAUAAAAUCAUCUUAGUUUCAACGUUACAAUCUGCUACCUAUUUUUCUAAAAUAGCUAUUGUUCCAUAUGGAAUCUUUAAAAAAGAAUGCUUCAUAGAUUAGAUCUGGUUUUCAACUAACGGUGCUCGAAUAGUUUAUUACAUGGAUCUUAAUCCCCCACUUUAUUAAUGAGCUUGAAAAGAGCUCUGCCUGGCUUUAUUUCAAUCGUAUUUUGGAGUACAACUGGAAUGAAAUAAUAUUGUGCUCUAUGAUAUAUUAUACUAUAAAUGUUGAAUGAGACUUAAUUACAUAACUAACUCAACAAAUUUUCUGUAAAAAUCUAUUACGGAAUUUUACGCUGUAUGAACUCUCUAAUCAAACCUCCCUCAAAAGACAAUUAAGGUACGAGAAUCAUUGCUCCGUCUUCUUUAGUCUCCCCUCAUAAGUCAAUUGAAUGUGGUAUAAUAUUCAACGAAUUCAUGAAUCUAUCCUUAAAAACUCUCAAAUCAUUACUCCUUGUCUCUAAAAAAGCUUUGUCUACAAUUAAAUUUUCAAAUUAAAUAACUUGAAUAGAAAUGCUUGUUCAUGAAAAGCUUUAUUUAAAAGAUAACGUGAUUUCUUUCCAGAGAAGUAAAAUAAGAAGAUGAAGUUUAUCAGCAACUUAGCCUAUAUUUGUGAUUAAAUUCGGAAUAUACCUAUCAUCAAUAUUAUUGGCUGAUGAGAAACUCAUCCAUGGUUCAGAAAAUAAAAAAGUUCACUGCAUUAAUGAGAGUUUGAGUUAACAUUUAUCAUAUUGUGAUGAUUUCAUUACCCAGUUUCUCUGUCAAUUUAGAAGGGUGCUGGAGAAUAGGAAAGCAGGCAAUCAUAUAAAUCUAAGUUACUUUUACCGAUAUCAUUUAUGAAGAAGUUGUAUUUUAAUCGUUUGAUCGAAAUCCAUGGGAAGUUCGGGAUUUUUGGACUGCCAAAUAACAUACAAAUCAAUUAGCAUCUAGGCUAGUGAGUAAACGUAAUCAACUUUCAACUAUGUUUAGGAUGUUAAUAUGAUAAAAGUAUAAGAUUAUUAUAAAAGUUCACGUUGCAACUUUAUAGUGAUAAAUAAUUCUAGGAGUCACCGAUAUUUGGCUCUAAAACUUUACACUCAUCCUUAAAAUAAGCCCCAAUACUCAUAAUGAUUCAGAUGUUUAAUGCUUUGAGUAAUUGCUUGAUUUAGGAAUCAUUUUAUUUUAAUCUGUCAUUAUUACUUAUAGUUACUUGGAUAACUAGUAUUAUUUUAUAUUACUGAUGUGAUUUUUUUUAAGCAGUUAUUUCUCUUCCAUGUUGGCUCAACUAGCCUUUUUAUUCUAUGGGAAAAGCUUUAACUUUCAAUGAUAAGCUAAAUUACGUCAUUAACAUACGGAUGGCUAGACCAUUUUAAUAACAUAUUAUAUUGAAAAUUAGUUUAGAAAGAAAUGGAUGUAUAUACAAAUCUUGUUUGAUUCUACCAUAAAGUUGUAAGCUUGGGAGCUCAAGUUAUUUAAACAAAAUCGGUUGUUUCCAAAUGCAUUAAUUAUGCGAAUAGUGGUUUGAGACCAAGCAGGGCUAUGGUGACUAUUGAUCACUGAUGGCAUAAUUUCAAGAUUAAAGAACACAAUAUUUAAAAAGCAAAAAUAUUUCCAAUGCAUGCUGGAUAUUCGUCUCAACGAUAUUAUCCAGGCUAAGAUAGAAUUUUCAUUAGUACUAUUGAGCUACGACCCAGUAAAUAUCAAUUAUUUCUAUUACAAUAUAUUGUAUUAGUAACGCAUAAUUUUCAUAACAGGUGAAUGGCGGAAUUAAUUCAUCAAAUUAUGAAAACUUUUAAUCACCAUCGGUUUAGUCAAGAUGAAAUUGGAGAAUCCAUUGCUAAAGUUAACAUAUUGGAAUAAAUCAAAACCAAACUUCAUAUUCUUCGGGUACCUAUUAAUCUCUUCAUCAUACAUCAAUGUACUUGAAAAGUUUGUUUCCUAAUUUGUUGAAAAAUUAUCUUCUAUCAUUGGUAUCAAGCAUAUCCAAUGGUGCUAAAAUUUUGAAGAAAUAACACUAGCUGAGAAUUGAUUUGAUUAAUGCAUGCUCAUGUUAUCAAGGUGAAUACAUUAUAAUUAAACAAUAUUGUCUGAAUUACCUCUUUCGAUACAAUAUUCUACAUCUUUAAAACUAAUUCAACGCAGUCUAUUGUGAACUUACCUAGUGAUAAGAUCUUGAAGUUACAUAAGCGUUAAGGAUUGCAUUUUUACAAUACAGUAAUGGUCAAAUAAUAAUAUUAUCAACCAGUUUAGAACUGGAAAAUAAGUAAGUUAUGUAAAAGUGUUCUUAAUAUCAUAGAUAGAGAAUAGAUUUAGGAAAUGAAGUAUAUGUUGGAAUCAUAAUCGUCUCAGUGAAUCGCUAAUCAACAGAACAGAAACUCAAUCAAGUAUUUUUGAUGCCUCAACAUAGACAAUAUAUUUUAUUUUUAUUUCAUAAAAAAUCUGAAUUGAAGUAUUAUUACACUCAUCUUCGAUAUUCAAUUCGGAUAAAUUCGAUUGUCGAAUUGGCUUACAAAAUUCACUAAAUUUUUUGUAAAAAGAAUUGAGUGCAUAUUCAGAUCCAUGAAACCUAGUCAGAUAAAAAAAAUAUUCAUUCUCAUAUUCCGUAAAGUUCAAUUUGUAUGAUAAUUAAAGUCGUGGAAUAACCAUCAAUCAACUUUGCUAUCAACAACUUGGUAUUCAGUGUAGCCUAUUGUGAAAUGGAGAAGCUAAUAUAAAUUUUCAAGUAAUAAGUUUCUAAAAUCAAGCAGAAGUCUUUCAUACGGUAGGCUACUGUAUAUGAACAUAAAUCUACAUUUAAGCAUUACAGAAAUUCUUCUAGGCUUCUCUUCACAAGAAAAUUUGUUCUGAACCGUUUGAUUGUUAAAUAUUUGAUUAACAAUCCUACAGAAUUUUUAUUAUCUUGUUUUCAUAGUUGGAACCUACAGUAAUUAGCCUGUUUUUUAAAAGAGUAGGUUGAAUGUGAGCAUGGAGUCCUUUGAUUUCCCACUCAUCUUAUAAAUACAAUACGAGAAAACUUUUUCAAAACCAUUAAUUUGUUAUAGGCUACUUGAUGUCAACUCUAGUUCCACUUCAUUGGCGUAAGCAUAUUUCGCCAUUUCCUUGAAAUACGGUAACCUUGAUGACUCUAAUCUAGACUUUGUUUUGAGUCUAAUUUUAAUGACUUGUUUUCUUUUAAUGAGAAGUUCUUGGUUACUUAAGAGAAAGAAAUCACAGUAGACCUGAGACACAUUUUAAAAAUGCCGUUCAAAGGUCAAUCCUAAACUGCAUUAUAGCUGUAAAUGCUUCCUGAAAUGAAUUCUGUUUUACAGCUUUCAUUCACUGCUAAUAGCUUAUAAUAAGGUAUGUAUUAUUAAGCUGUGUGUAGGCCUAUAACCUAAAUUUUCAAGUGAAGAUACUUUUAACGAUUGCGAAUUAAAAGUUUAAAAAUCACCCAUGUGCUAUAAGAAAUGCUCGAAUAAGUAAUGGUCUCAAGCAGAAGCCUCUGUUGUAAUGAAACUAAUUAUCAAAUCAAAACAAUGUUCUACCUGACAAGAUUCAUCUCGAAUUUCUUGACUGCAGAUGAGAUUGGGAAUUGUGCUAUAAUCUUCGAUAAAUCAAUCAAUGGCUGAUGUAUGUAAAAUGCUUUCUGCUCUUGCCCUUUGUAGAUAACAACAAUAAUUAUUAUCAUAGUAUUAUUGAUAUACCUAACAAUGAAUACUAUAUCUUGUUAUUACUAUUUUUAUAAAAAUCAUACUCCUUACAUAAUAACUAUAUUUCCUUAUCUCACCUUAUUAAGAAAAACAUUUGCACUAGUGUAAACGAUCAGUCUAUUCAUACUAGAGUAUGUACUUCUAGUAGCUCAACUAAUUCUGUAUCAAUUGAAUGGUACCGUAAAAUUCUUAGUCAUAUUGAGCAUUGGUCUCAUUGAAUGUAACCAAGUUUGAUAUAGUUUAUUUUCCUUGAUGCAGCAACCAGCUGAAAUCUAUUCAUGUAGUAGUUAUUUUAGUUUAAACAAUAUUUUAUAGAGAUGUGCGAUGCGAUACUCAAGAAUGUUCCAUUCUAAUUCUUUCUUCUAGGCAAAGUGCUUGUUCACUAAUUUUUUAUCUUGAAUGGCGAUAUAACUCUCAAGGCUUUUUCAGUAUAUCAAUGUAAGAAAUUAAUUUUUGAAGUAAUAACGACAUUGCACAAAAAUAUAAUUAUUUUCACUAACUCAUGAUAAAGAGUGUGAACAUACGGUACAACUGUAAUCCAUUAUAAACUAUGGAGCAGUAAUAUAAUAAAUUUGGAUAAUUCAAAUAGAUGGAAGGUAUGUUGUUGAUAGUGUUGAUAAUAAUUUUUAAUUUUUACUAAAUUAAAAAAAUAUAAUGGAAUAAUUUCUCUUAAGUAUUGUUCAAUACAUUCAUGUAUUUAUUUUCGAUCAAAAUGUAACUAGCUCAUCUAAAAAUAUGAUAAAAGUAAUUUGAAAUAUGAAAAAUUGUUCAACUAAUCUUCUAUUAAAAACCAAAUCAAUUAUAAAAAAAUAUACUGACUAUAAAACUCAUGGGAUGCAUGGAUAGAGCUAAUACAUUGAACAUUCAACUCCCUGGUUUUGGAAUUCUAACGUAUAACAUACGGUAUUCAAAUAAUAAUACUUUUAAUCCAAUGUGAAAAAGUUUUAGUACCGAUAUUUAUAUUUGGCGAAAAUUUUAUUCAAAUAAUAUAGAUCGUUAUUAGCUUAAUUUCAAUCAAAGACUAUUCUUUUCAAGAUGGCUGAAAGUGAAAGAACAAAAAUAUAAAGCAUACCAUCAACUAAAGAGUAGGUUUUACAAAUGAAGGCUACCGCAAGCUUGUUUUUCUUCUCACUACAGCUCAGUUUGACAGGAUUUAAUUUUUACACUGUGGAUCAAAAUGGAUCCACAACUGGGCAUUUCAUUUGAGCUAUAAAAGUUAUUCUAGUCUCUUACAGUACCAUCGCUUUAUAAUAUACUUUUUGUUGAUUGUUGACAUUUAUUUGCAAUUUAUUUAUUAAAGAUAUUAAUCGAAGAUGAAGAAUUAGCAUCUUCCAAUAAUGUGUUUACAAUCUAAAUUGUAUUGUAAGGGAAUAAAUUGUUAAGCAUAAAUAGUUCAAA